AUGGCGAAGGAGACGGAGUACUACGACGUGCUCGGCGUCUGCCCCGCCGCAUCCGACGACGAGAUCCGCAAGGCCUACUACAUCAAGGCGAGACAGGUGCAUCCUGACAAGAAUCCCAACGACCCACACGCGGCCGAGAAGUUCCAGGCUCUUGGAGAGGCUUACCAGGUGCUGAGUGACCCUCUGCAGAGGAAGGCUUACGACGGCUACGGCAAGAACAGCAUAUCCAGGCAGAACAUACUGGAUGGUACUGUGGUGUUUACCCUUCUUUUCGGGAGCGAGCUGUUCGAGGACUAUAUUGGGCAUCUUGCAAUGGCAACAAUGGCUUCCUCGGAGUUGACAAGCGAUAAUGACAGCCCUGAAAAGCUUCAGGAUAGGCUCAAGAAUGUACAAAGGGAAAGAGAGGAAAAGCUAGCUAGAUUCCUCAAGGAAUUCCUCUCUCAGUAUGUUCGUGGAGACAAAGAAGGAUUUGCUAAUCGUGCUGAAGCUGAGGCGAAGAGGCUCUCAAGCACUUCAUCUGGGUUGGAUAUUCUUCGCACCAUUGGAUACGUCUAUUCUCGACAAGCAACAAAGGAGCUUGGCAAGAAGGCCGUGUACCUAGGAGUGCCAUUCGUAGCCGAAUGGGUGAGGAACAAGGGCCAUCUGUGGAAGUCGCAGAUCACAGCAGCGAAAGGGGCCCUGCAGCUGUUGCAGUUGCAAGAGGAGGCCUGCCGGCAGAGUAGCAAGGAUGGCAAUGCUACCGAGCAGGAUGUUGACUUGCAGAUGAGGAUGAACAAGGACCUGAUGAUGAGCUCACUGUGGAAGCUGAAUGUUGUGGAUAUUGAAAUGACUCUAUUGCAUGUUUGUGAAAUGGUGCUAUACGAAAACAAUGUCAAGAAAGAGGAUCUGAAGGCCCGAGCAACGGCCUUGAAAAUUCUUGGGAAAAUAUUUCAGAGGGAAAAGGAGGCAUUGCCAGGGCCAGCACCAGCGCCAGUGCCAGGUCCAUCAGGACCGUCAAAACGAACAGUUCUCGAUGAUGACAGCAGCUCAGAUGACAGUUCAGACGAUGACCUGGCUCGAACAGUGCCAUACCGGACUCCUGCAUUUACCCAGGGAAUCGGCAGGUUGUUCCGAUGCUUAUGCAACCCAGCUUAUGAUGUUGACGAUGAUUUCGAGCCCCGCAAAUGA